CCGGCGCUGACAGGACCCCCCGCGCGGCGCGGCCCCCCUCGGCUGUUGUCUUAUUUAUUCGCGCGCGCCUCCCGCCUUGGUUGAUGCACUUGUUGCCGCCCGCGCGCCAUGGAGGACCCUCGGCCGCCGACGCUCGCGGGAUUCGCGGACAGCAGGCCGGAACGCGCGAGCACCAUCACGACCAUCACGGGCUCGAGGAGCUCGAGCGCCAUCAAGAUCCAUCACCUUCAUCACCUUCAUCACCACAGGAGCAGCAGCGGUAACAGGGCGCUCGCGCACGCACCUCUCGGACCCUUCUGCGCCGCGGCGAGCAAGCAGCGCGCGGAGGAGGAGGAGGAGGGGGAGGGGGAGGAAGAGCAAGACGCGAAGGAGCCGGCGGAGAGCACGUGGCCGCGCGUGGAAGCCGCCCCGGGAUACAGCGGAGGAGAGCUCCGUCAGAAGCGCGAGCUCAGGGCGUCCCGUGACGCAGGCGGCAGUAGCGGCGCGUGCAGAGGCGGCAGCAGCAGCAUCUCGGAGACGGCGCGCGAGCUGUGCAGAGCCGUUUCCGUGUCGCUCGGGCUGGUUUCCGCCGAGUGUCACGAGCUGGGUGAGGCUGGUGCCAGUCGCGCGCACUCACAGCCUUUGACGCUGCAGCCUCAGGUCCCCCUCGCGAGCGCCACGGACUACCUGUUCGACGCGCCCUCGCUCGCGCAGAGCUGCUGCGCGCGAGACAGCUGCACUGGAGCGCGGGCCGGCGGCGACCAGCAGCAGCAGCAGCGGCACGCGACCAACGACAUGUUCAAAGUGGGCGAGGAGGACGCGGAGGCGCACGUGCGCGCCGAGAGCGCAGCCGCGGCGACGGCGGCGGCGGCAGCGCGCGAGCGGCAGCUGUUCAGCAUCACCAGCCUGGAGUCCAACAGCCUCGCGAGCUGCGCUGCGCCACCUCCGCCAGCGGGCACGAGCGCGUGCCAGUUCGAGCGCCAGCUGCAGCUGGAGCCGCUGUGCCACCGCGAGAGCCUGUAUGCCGGAGGAGAGUCGUACGGAAGCGCGCCCCCCUACGGCGUGAAGGUGAAGCACGAGGCGAUGGAGGCUUGGGGCAGGAGCCCGUACCCCCAGGACUACCCCCCGGCUAUCUACCCCCACUACGGACCUAGCCCGACCCAGCACGCGCCGUACGGAGGAACCCCGGGGCCGCGCGUGGACCCCUACGAGCCCGAGGCCCGGUACCGCGCGCCCUACACGCACACGCCCACCGUCAAGAACCAGGUGGGGGAGUGGCUGGACGUCAGCGCGCUCGCGGACGGCAGGUUUGAUGGCGGGAGGGAGGUGCUCCCCAUGGACUUUUUUUUCCCACCUCAGCGCAUCUGCCUGAUCUGCUCUGAUGAAGCGUCUGGGUGUCAUUACGGAGCGCUCACCUGUGGCAGCUGCAAGGUCUUCUUUAAGAGAGCUGCUGAAGGGAAGCAGAAGUAUCUUUGUGCCAGCAGGAACGACUGCACCAUCGAUAAGCUGCGGAGGAAGAAUUGCCCCUCCUGUCGUCUGAAGAAGUGCUUCGAGGCAGGAAUGACUCUUGGAGCGCGUAAGCUGAAGAAGAUUGGGCAGCUAAAGGGUCCAGAAGAGGAGGGUCCAUCUCUGAGCAUGGUUCCGGGCCCCAAUCUGAGUGAAGUGACCACUCCAUCACCCAAACUGGGCCUGACCUUCCACUCCCAGCACGUGUUCCUGGGCAUCCUGGAGGCCAUCGAGCCCGAGGUGGUCAAUGCCGGACACGACCACGGUCAGCCGGACUCCGCUGCAGCUCUGCUGACCAGCCUCAACGAACUGGGAGAGAGGCAGCUCGUCAAGGUGGUCAAAUGGGCCAAAGGACUGCCAGGUUUCCGUAAUCUCCAUGUGGACGAUCAGAUGACGAUGAUUCAGCAUGCUUGGAUGGGUGUGAUGGUCUUUGCUCUCGGCUGGAGGUCGUAUAAGAACGUAAACGCUCGGAUGCUGUACUUCGCGCCGGACCUCGUCUUCAACGAUCGCAGGAUGCACAUCUCCAGCAUGUACGAGCACUGUUUGCAGAUGAAGCACCUGUCUCAGGAGUUUGUGCUGCUGCAGAUAACCCAGGAGGAGUUCCUCUGCAUGAAGGCCCUCCUGCUCUUCAGCAUCAUUCCUGUUGAAGGCCUGAAGAAUCAGAAGUAUUUUGAUGAGCUGCGUCUGACGUACAUUAACGAGCUGGACCGUCUGAUUAAUUACGGGAGGAAGAGUAACUGCGCGCAGCGUUUCUACCAGCUGACACGACUCAUGGACUCCCUGCAGCCGAUCGUGCGGAAGCUGCACCAGUUCACCUUCGACCUCUUCGUCCGGGCCCAGUCUCUGCCCACUAAGGUCAGCUUCCCCGAGAUGAUCUCCGAGAUUAUUUCAGUCCAAGUACCAAAGAUCCUCGCCGGCCUGGCUAAGCCAAUCCUGUUCCACAAUUGACACCAAGCUCCGCCUUCCACAUCCAGAGAGGCCACACCCACCCCUGCCAGUCCCGAUCUGGCUUGAUCUGGCUUGAUCUGGCUUGUUCCAGCCCGCAGCCCGGCCUGCACUGCGCUCUUCCUGUCAGGGUUCGGCAGGAAGACACUCAAUUUUACUUUUAUGGGUUUUUUUCUCUCUCUCUCUCUCUCUCUCUCUCUCUCCCCCUUUUCUUCUUUUUCGAAAAAUGUCUGAAAUCUGCCGAGGACCAUUACAUCAUUACACCAGUCUAUCUUCUGCUCCGAGAUAAUUUCAGAUCAUUUUCUCUCGCUGGUAGUGCAGCGUGGAACGUCUUUCUCCUUCUCUCUCUCCAUCUCUCUCUUUUUUUCUCUAGCAUUUACUCCUGAAGAGUCUGAAGAGCUACACCAUGUUACCUGGAAGAAGAAAAAAAAAGUUUUUACUUGAGCCCUGAAAAGACAAAAUGUGCACUAGAAGUUUCCUUUAAAAAAGAAGCACUGCUAUGUUUACGUCGUAUAUAUCUACGUAUUUUACUCUAUGCAUUUCUGUUGGCUUGUAAACUUCUCCUGCCAUAAAGCUCGAGACUCCAGACUGCUUCUAUUAAACCGAAUCCAGAGUAAAGCUAUAGCUGGCCUCCAAAACUACUCACUAACCAACAGAGCGACAAUCAGAUUGUCUUUAUAUAUCCGUGUCUGGGUUUGUACUUUUCAUAUGGUGGUGUCCAACAUAACACUAGACACAGUUUCCUCUAAAUGCUUCUCAAAUAUUACACAGAUACAAAACUAAAGAUACUAACUCACUUAAAACACGCACGGUGUUUUUAAAUCCCUUCGAAAACUAUUAGUUCUGUGCUAAACUAUACUACAGGAUAGUAUUCCGUUCUAUACUAUACUAUACGGUCUCUUAGUAUUAUAUACUACACUGUAUUAUUCUGUUUAUAGCAUGGUAUAGUAUACUCUAAACGUAUAGUUCAGUAAAUUAUACUUCAAUACAGAAUAGAACAGUACAGUAUAUAAUACUAAGAAAUAGGGAUAUAUACCAUACUAUACUAUUCCAUACUUAAAGUGUAGUAUACUGUACCAUACUAUAAAUAUAUAACAGUCCAGUAUGGUUUAUAAUUCUAAACUGAUAGUAUAGUACAGUAGACUAUAAGUAUAGAAUAGAACAGUGUGGUAUACAAUACUAAAAUAUGUUCUAUACUGUACUACUCUGUACUUGACAUAUAGACUAGUACAGUACACUGCAUAAUUUUAUACAUAUAAUACAGUAAAGUAUGCUGUAAGUACAGAACAGUACAGUAUAUGACACUAAGAGAGAGUAUUAAGUACCAUACUCUACUGUUGUAUACUUAGUGUAGUGUACUAUAAGUAUAGUAUAGUACAGAAUAGUAUUUAAUAAUAAAACAUUGUAUUAUAUACUAUACUGUACUAUUCUGUACUUAUAGUAUGGUAUGGUAUGCCAUGCUUUCAGUACAGAAUACUACAGUAUGGUAUAUAAUAGUUCUGUCCUCUUCUAUACUACAAGUGAGUAUAGAAUACUAGAUUCUACUGUGCAUUACUAGUAGUAUAGAAUGCUAUAUAAUAGUAUCAGAUAGUAAUGAGUACUAUACUGUACUAAUGGUGUAGAACAGUGCAGAACUGAUAGUUGUGGAUAUGGUGUUGAUUUUCUAUUUGUAAGUUGAAACCUUCCUCUGUUCGGCUCUUUAAUGCACUCAUAAGGCUUCUUUUCUAAGUUUAGUUAAACUUGUUUGAUGUUGUUUCCCCAAUAUGUCAAAUUCACCUAAAUAAACCGCAGUUGGCUUAAAUAUGCCAGAUUUAAGUGUCGAGGAUUAUUUGUUGACAUAAGUUGUAAAUAGAAAAUCAACAAAACAUGUCAGCUGAUGGGUGCACAAACUUUUGCACUAGACCGUACGUGUGGAUGAGGGAAUAAUGAGGGGCUGCAUGUUCCCCCUCACUCUGCUUUAUACCAAAACCUGCUUUUAAACCUAUACGCCGAACUCAUUUACCACUCAUAGCCGUUGUACACGCAGUAGAUAUGAGCUCAUUAGGUUCUUUUCUAUGCUUGAAACUAAAAAAAAAAAAAAAAAAAUCCUU